CCUUUGCAUCAUGACCGACAUUCAAACACGCCCUGUUCACCAAGCAGAAGAGACCGUCGUUGCUGACAAUAACACUCAAGAAAAGUCAGCCGAUGCUGUCGCCGAUAAUUCGAUCACAACUGUCUUCCACGAUCGCAGCAACUAUAAUGUCAAGCACCCUCUCCAGAACACCUGGACCCUGUGGUUUGACAACCCGGGUAAGAAAGCCAAUACGCAAUCUUGGUCGCAGAACCUCAAGGAGAUCGUCUCGAUUGACACAGUCGAGGACUUUUGGGGCGUGUACAACAACAUCUCCAAGGUGAAUCAUCUCGAGAUUAGCUCCAAUUUUCAUUUCUUUAAGAAGGGCGUUCGCCCCGAAUGGGAAGAUCCCAUGAACGCUGAAGGUGGCAAGUUUGGUAUCCAGUUUCCCCGUAACCGUACCGGUGAAGCCAUCAAUGAUUACUGGCUCCACUUGUUGCUUGCUAUGAUUGGUGAGCAAUUUGCAAAGGAAGAUGAGAUUUGUGGUGCUAUUGUGUCUGUACGUAAAUUUUUUUUCCGUGUCUCAUUGUGGGUCAAACAUUCUGAGAAGAAUGAGACUCUUGAAGCUCUUGGUCGUCAAGUAAAGGAAGUUAUGAAUGUUCCCGAUAAUAUCCCAGUAGAGUUCACUCCCCACGGAGAGACUCCCUCUGAGAAUGCCGUUAAGUUCGUUGUACAGUAAUACCUGGAAGAUUUGGGCUACUUUGCGUCUUCUGGAAGAGGUAUCCAUCAAUGAAAGAUUUUUAAAAAAAGCAAAUAAAAGCAAUUCGCACAUCCAAUAUCUU